CGCUCGCGUUUUACAGCACUACCUACCGGGAGCAUUUUUCUUGCUGUUUUCUUUUUUUCGGGAGAACUUGUCUUGUCCUCUCAAUUUGCUACUGUAUUUUGAAUUAAAUCUAAAAAAGAAAGGCCAACACCAUGGACGUGCGACCAAAUCAAACCAUUUAUAUAAACAACCUGAACGAAAAGAUCAAGAAGGAGGAGCUGAAGAAGUCGCUCUACGCUAUCUUCUCGCAGUUCGGCCAAAUCCUGGACAUCGUUGCAUUAAAAACCCUCAAAAUGCGUGGCCAAGCGUUUGUUAUCUUUAAGGAGAUUGGUAGUGCCUCGAAUGCGCUGCGCACCAUGCAAGGAUUCCCCUUUUACGACAAGCCCAUGCGGAUUGCUUACUCCAAGUCAGAUUCAGAUGUCGUGGCCAAGAUGAAGGGCACGUUCAAGGAGCGCCCCAAGAAAAUCAAGCCACCAAAGCCGGCACCAGGAACCGACGAAAAGAAGGACAAGAAGAAGAAGCCGGCCAAUGCCGAGAACUCGAACCCGAACACACAAACGGAGCAACCUCCCAACCAGAUUCUUUUCCUCACCAAUCUGCCGGAGGAGACCAACGAGAUGAUGUUGUCCAUGUUGUUCAACCAGUUCCCUGGCUUCAAGGAGGUGCGUCUGGUCCCCAAUCGCCACGACAUCGCCUUUGUGGAGUUCACCACCGAGCUGCAGAGCAAUGCCGCUAAGGAGGCGCUCCAAGGCUUCAAGAUUACCCCGACGCACGCCAUGAAGAUUACCUUUGCCAAGAAGUAGGCUGCUACAUACUACACGACUCACGUGUAAACGGCUGUAGCAACUACUCUUGGCGCGACAUGCUUUUUUUUACAAUCUUAAUUUAACGAAUAGAAUAAAUCGUCUUAAAUAUACCAAAACCAUAGAAA